AUGGAACCGUCCUUUACACCUGUUCACAUUUUCUUCCCUUUACCCAAGAAUCCACAUCUAACCUUCCACGCUCACUUGAGCUUCCUCGGCCACUGUUCCAUGGUCCAUUUGACGACUACAAAUGUUGGAGAGUCGGACAAUCAGCUGCCUUCGAUGGGAAGCUUUGUCUACGCCAUGCCUGAUAUGACGGACAAUCGCAAUGUGAUCAGCACGGCCUUAUCGACUUCGGUCCCAAGCAUCGACUAUGCCACUAGGGUGGCAAAAAUCCUUGCCAGGAGGAUGAAACAGCCGGUGUAUGUUGGCUGCAGCAUCAAUUUGGCUGGCACAUUUGUUGAAGAAGAAUUGGAAGGUCUCACCACCGCCGUCGAUCGGAUAAUGCAGAAGUGGAGCCAACGGUCGUGA